CUGGAUUCCACUGCUAGUCACCAUUCACCAAUCAAAUUGUGGAAAUUGUUUAUCUUUGCCGUAUGGAAACUGUUAAAUUCACAAGAUUAAAUUUAAAAAAAACCCAACAGCAAACAUCAAUAGUUUGUAUAAUGUAAACAAGACUACAAUGACAUGGAAAUGUAAAUUAAUUACUUUACUGUCAUUCGCCUGAUUAGACUAUAAACCAUUGACCUUGAAUAUUAUAUCUCGUACAUUGAUCAAUAUGUGUUCAUAUAUGUAUAUAAUUAUGUGAACUAUAUUUGAUUGAUGCAUAAAUUGUAGUCAUAAUCAUAUCUCACUAAUUGAGUAUACUAGUGAUAGCUUUACUUGGCCAAAAUUUCGUCUAAACGCUACUUUUUUUUUCAACAAUAUGCUGUUGAAUGCUGAAUUAAUCUGGCAAAAAUCAAAUAGCCUGAAGAGUUGUCUUUUUUAUACAACACGUUAUGCAAUGUCUACUGAUGUUAAGAAAACGUUGGCCACAAAACAUUAUGGAUUUUUGGGAUCUGGUAAUAUGUCUCAAGCACUUGUUAAAGGAUUUUUAUCCUCUGGCAUCAUUAAUGGUUCUCAAGUAACAAUGACAGAUCGUUAUGGUUUAUCAUUUCCAGAUGCUGAGUUCAUAGUGUCGUUAAAAAAUUUAUGUGCUAAAUAUGGAGUGGAGUAUAUUCAAACAAAUGAACCAAUGGUUGAAAAAAGUGAUAUUGUAUUCGCUUGUGUCAAGCCGCAUAUACUUCUUCCAGUUUUAAAACAACUUUCAGAUAAACUACAUAAUAAAUUGUUAGUUUCUAUUGCUGCAGGCAUUACACUAGAACAAAUACAACAGGCUGUUCCUAAAUCUACACGAAUUAUUCGUAUUAUGCCGAAUACACCAUGUCUUAUCGGGAUUGGAACUGCUGUGUAUGCGCAUACAUCAUCUGUGACUGAACAAGAUGUUUUAUUGAUUUCUACGCUGUGCUCAUCAAUUUUCCCUGUAUUUGAAGCUCUUCCUGAGUCAUUGUUCAAUGCAGCUGUUGGUGUAGCUGGCUCAGCGCCUGCAUAUAUAUAUAUGGUGGCUGAGGCGAUAACAGAUGCUGGUGUUCUACUCGGAUUACCUCGUCCAAUAGCACAGAAAUUAGUUGUUAACACUAUACUUGGUUCAGCUGCUAUGAUACAAAAAACUGGCAAGAAUACAACUGAAUUGAAAAAUGAUGUAUGCUCACCGGGUGGAACUACAAUUCAAGGUGUUUAUGCUUUAGAAAAAGGCGGUCUAAGAGCUACUCUAAUGGAUGCUGUACAAAAAGUUUGUGCACAUGGAGAAGCAUUAAGUAAAAAGUCAUAAUAUCACUGUAUUUCUUUGUUUUGCUUCACUUCUAUUCAUUUAUAUCUUCUUAUGAUAUUGCAUUAUGUGUUAUAAAUGACUGAAUGAUUGAUUGAUUAAUUGAAACGCUUAUUCUUUUGUCCUAUAUGAUGUAUAUGUGUACAUCACUUCGAUAUGCUUUUCAUUUGAUAUGCAAAAGUGAUUUUUCUUUCUUUUUUUUGUUUUUCCCUUUUUUGCAUCUACUUAUUUAUUCGCGUAUAACUUUUGACAAAAAUAUUUGUACCUUUGAUAAUGAAAAUCUAUGUAUUUUUAAGUGGAAAGAAAAAUAAAGAAACUGUGGUUU